GCGCGUGCGUGCAUGCACAAUUUUGCAGUCGUCUGCAAAUUUGACUCUGAGCGUUCUUUACUGUUUUUGGACGUAUUUAUAAAGAAUUAAUUAGUUAAAUUAAGGAACGUUUGCUAAUACAUAGGAAGGACUUCUUUGAAGAUAUCAACACAGAAUUAAUUUCAACCGAUACAAUAUGACGACAACAUUUGACGUAGGUAGAAAAUAUGACCUUGACAGGUCCUGGUCGAGCUCCUCUCAAAGUUCUUAUAGCGGAUCCAAUUCAGUCGCUUCUGUAUACGCCAGACAUGUCAAUGUGUCAAGGUCAUUCAGCUCACCAAUCAAAAUGAAGGUCACAGAGGCUGACGCGGAAAAGGUCAUGAAGAGCAUGAUGAGCUCUGUUGAUAAAGAGCGCAAAGAUUUAGACGAACUCAACGCAAAGUUAGCAAGUUACAUCGUCACGGUGAGGUCAAAAGAGGCAACAAAUAAACAUCUCCUUGAAGAGAUCGAACGCCUCAAAGAAGCAUUCCUGCAAACUCAGGGUAGAAUAAGAGAGGAGUAUAGCAUAGAAAUAGAAGAGUCAAAAGUGAAAAUUAUCCAAAUGUCUGAAGAUGUGGCUCCAUUAAAAGCAAGAGUGGUAUCUUUGGAACAGACUCUAGAGAUGAAAGAUUCGGAAAUAUCAUCCCUGAAAAGGAAGAUAGAGGAGUUACUGGUUGCAUCACAAAAGAAGGACCGUACCAUUGGUGAACUAAACGGAGAAUAUGUCGUGCUUAAAAAUCAAAUUCAAGAAAUAAGACAAGAUAACAAACGUAUUAGAACGGACAAUGAUAGAAUAAGAAGUGAAAUGGAAAUAGCUUUGACAAGGCAAAUAAAGGCACAAAACGAGUGUGAUAACCUAGCGGAAGAAAGGAAGUACUUGGAAAUAACAUUACAUGCUGAAAUUCGUGAGCUUCGUGGAUUGCUGUCUACAUUUGAAUUUGUACAACCCAAUCUAGAGGAAGUUCACAGAAACGAGUUUAGUGAAUGUAUCAAGGCUAUACAAGCCGAAUACAAUGGUCAACUGGCCAAGCUGAGAGCUGAACAGCAGGGUUCACACGAAGUACAGAACAAACGGCUGGAAACAGAAAUGUCUGAGAUGCGCAUGCGUUAUGAGGAGGAGUGUAGCUAUUUUGAUAGAGAACGGUCAGAGCUUCAGACGCGGGUCAGUGAGCUUGAGGGUGAACUUCGCGCACUAAUGGCACGUUUCAGCAGCGUGCGCACCGACACUUUAGAUCUUGAAAUCUCCACCUACAGAAAACUUCUGGACGGAAAAGCUGAAUUGAACGCAGCUGUCUUGGAAGAAAAGAAAGCCGAAAAUGUCGUGGUAAAAAGUGGAGAAAAGAAAUCGGAAUCGUCAGCGAGUAGCAGCGUAGUGACAGGUAGCAGUGGCGUUGUGAAAACAUCAAGUACUUCGUUUACCAAUGUAGUGUCUACACAAUCUUCCGAAUCUGUACGCAUGUCCACACCCAUGAACAUCAAGGACGUCGAAUCCACAGGAAGUUAUCUCCUAUUCCACAACACUUCAAAGACACAGGAGGUUGAUUUAUCAAACUGGACAAUAGAAAGGGUUCAUCCAAAAGGUACGGCUCAGUUCAAGAUACCACAGGGAACAAAAAUUGGCGCGGAUAAGGAAAUUAAGAUAUGCUCAAAAGCCGGUGCUGACAAAAAAGCAGCAGGUGAUCUUGUAGCAAAUUGCAAGUCAUGGGGUACAGGCAACGGUAAAGUGAAAGUAAAUGACGAAAAUGGAUUGGAGGUGAUACUGUUCACAUAUACCAUGUCAUAAUGCCAAGAAAGGGGGAACAAGUCUACUAACUUCGUCCAACAAUUACGAUGACAUAUUGAAUAGUUUAUUUGUGUCGCUUUCAUUGAUUGAUAAACUGUUAUGGACAAUGUUUGUUUAGAUUGAAUACACAGCGAUGUAUGGCUGUGCAUGUCCUUUAUGGCAACGAAUCGCUUGCAUUGAAGUAUUGAACGAAUUUCUACUCGUAUUUUUAUUAUACAUAUUUGUACUUUUAAUACAUUUUUACAUAAUGUGUGUAUUUUCUGUUUGCUUUAUUAUAUACUGACUGCAUUCAAAUGGAUUGGGUUUGUUUUGUAUUUUUGCACUUGCAUACCCAUUGGUACUUCUUUAUAAAAACAUAUUUAUGAAGUUUGAAGAAUUAUUUUUAUACUAAAGGAAUUGUAUUUACUUUUAAAUUAAACAUUACCACAUUAGCAUCGUAUUAAGUUGAUAGUGACAGUUAAGUUCGAAUUAAAAUCGGAGAUCGAAUAUCUGACUAAUGUCAUUAUUGUUACAGGCAGAUAUUAUUAUUAUCAUUAAUAUAUAACAUAUUUUAUUAAUGUUAAUAUUA